AUGUUCCGUCUGCAAGAUUUCUUGAACGCUCGUCUGGACCAGAUUGGGGAGGAGGAUCCGGCUGCAGGUGAUGAGCCCGUUGAAGAGGUCGCCGAAGGACCCGGACGAGAGCAGGAUCGUGCCGAGCUCGCACGUCUUCUCCAAGUGCAGCAGAACGCCAUUCAGCAGCAUGCAAUGUUCGGCAUCCAAAACAAUCGAGAGAUAGUUCGCAUGAUCAUGGACAAUGCGAGACACGUUGACCAACACGUGGACAUGAUGGAACGCAGAGCCCGGUUCGAUGGAGUGCAGCGUCGCCGUCAAGAGAUGGAACGUAGGCGGCGUAGUCCAGAAGGCAUGGAAAUCAUGGAAAUCAACGUGGCACCUCAUCUAGAAAGAGAAGACGGUAUUGAUGACCGCAGAGAAGUCCUCAUGAGAGAACUCCCCCGCAGAGAUUUCGUCGCUAACAUCAGAGAAGACCCCGAUGUUCGUCAACCGGAAAUUGAACGCUUACUCCAAGAAGAACGGGCUCGUGCUCGUGCUCGUGGUCUUGGUGGGGCGCAUGCUCCCAACCAGAGACUAGCCAAUAUAAGACCACCGCCUUUCUUGGCACCGGGCAUGCCGAGAAUUCAAAACCAAAAUCCGUUAAACAUUCUUCGUCGCCCAAAUCUUGUGGAGCCGUUGACUUUCGAGACAGCACGCUGCAGUAAGAACAAUUAUAGUUUCUAUUCAGCACAACACCUUCUUAUUUCAGAAAUGAUUAAGUGCGCAAUCUGCAAAAAAUUUAUCCGCACUGACAUCACUCUGGAGCAUUUGAAGACCUGUGGAUCAGACAAGGACGGCGUCAUUGUUGAUAUUGUGGGUACUCCAAGUUUAGGAGCAGAGCGCUAUGUAUUUUUUGAGCCACUGAGUUUGCAGAAAGUGUGAACGUGCGCUGCCCAGGGCUGCGCACUUUUGACCCACUUGUAAUAUUCCGAUCGGACCCAAACUUUGCAGGCUUUUUGAACUUGGAUUAAAGUAUAUUGGGUUUGAGUUUUAGUCCGUUAGGAUUUUUAAAUAGUCCCGAUGAUAACUGCAAGAGGGUCGAAAGUCCAGAUAUCAAAAAGACUUCGGUAACCCUGGGUCGAAGUUUGCCCAGUCGUGCCUAUGUAUUUAGGAAAUAUCCUUUCAUUUGCCUAACCAAGAGACGUUCAUCAUUUUUCAGAAAAAGCAAAUGACCCAUCAAUACUAUUCCUCGGAUUUUGUCCUUGGUCAACAGCUCAUGGAGCUGCGUAUCCGACUCGAGAUGCAGCUUUAUGAUGCGCUUAAGGACCGGGCAAAGCUCAUUAACCUCGAAUGUGUCACUUGCGCUUCAAUCGCUGAUCACCUCAAAGGCCAAUGCAUCGACGAUUCGUGCCAGCAGGUGUUUGCGGUGAGCCAAAGUUCUAUCGGAAAAGUGAAUUAAUUUGUUUCUAUUUUCAGACGAAGUCGCAAGAAAUUGGAUCAACUGCUAUGGCUAACUUCGAGCAGAGUAUCGAUGCGGUCAAACAGAGAGGACUCGCAGAGAUCAUUGAGAAGCACAACAAGCACUUUGACUCAAUCGAGGAGAAUCUCAACGAUUCGCCGGCGGACGCUGUGAGUUAAUAGAAUCAAUGCGUUAAAUCGGGUCAUAAAAUGUAUAAAGGUUUUCAAAUUUCUGAAAUAACGGCCGUUGGUCUUCCACUAUUGCUAGAUAAGAACGCUUUGUGUUAUACAUACAACACACUGUCAAAUAACAAUUUGACAAAUAUAGUACCACGAUAAGAAUGAACUAUUUAUUUCAAAUUCUUCAGGGCUGGGAAAUAGACCGGACUAGGGGUUUCAAAACCUGUCGAGGCCUCAUCCGUUCGGAUCAAGAGCCUGCUUCUUGGACUUGGAUAGAAGUAUUUUGAAUCCCAGGGUCAGACCGAUUGAAUUAUCUAUUAUUGCCGGCCUUUAGCCCAGCGCUGAACUUUAGUAGAGCACAAUGCUAGAUGAAGUGAAUCGGACUAAAUGCCGAUUUACAAAUUUCUGUUCUAAAUUAUCGAAAUUUACAGGAAACGGAGACUCGGCGCCAGUUCACGUGGUACGAGUUCCGUAAGAACACCAUCGACAGUCAGCUGAGGGAGAAGACCAAGUACAUUUUGGAUACCAACGAGAAGAACCGCAUUUCUUACAACACCCGCAGACGCGAAAUCUGGUGUCAGAUCCGCGAAAUGCAAGGCCGCAUGUUGAGCUCGAUCAGAGAGAACAGACGGGACAGCGGACAUAUUCUGCUUAACGUAGCCGCUCACAACGCGCUGAAGCAAAACAGCUUCCCGGAGGUGGUCAUACGAAUUUUGGAGAGACGUCCGGAGAACCGUAUCCCGCUCGCAGGAGAGGAGAUCGAAGAUGAGAGACGUAUUUCCAAUGAUCAUCAGCCCCUCCGUGCUCGUCUUCGUGACGGCUUGGUACGCGAAAAUCGAAUUGACGUGGAUGAGCAAAAUGAUGCCGACGAUAAUGUUUUUUGAACACGUUUAAUUCUCUGAUUUUCUUAAAUUAUUUGUCAAUCAAAGGAGCCUUGUCACUAAAAAAUUGGCGCUCAAGAUAGUUAUCCCAUCAGAUAAGACGUCAAAAGUUACAUACGGUUGGGAGAAAAAUCGUAUUCUGAUUUUUUUGUUCUUCUGUCCAUUGUCUUGAUCCUAUUGUAUUCGACCCUCAUUGUCUUAACAGUCCCAAAUUUUUUGAUAAAACAUGACAUGAAUUCCUUCUUCCUUCUCUGAUGCUUUUCUUCAACUCGUUCAUUCCCUUUUCUCUUUUCCUCCCGCAAAAUAACUUAUUGGAAAAAUUUUCAUUCUGUCUUAUAUAUACAUAUACUCACAGUUGCCUUUUCCCCUGAGAGUUCCCGUGCAGAUGUCGAUCCUUGUAAUUUUUUAUUAAUCUCAUAAAAUGUCUAUUUUAUAGUCGAAAUGAGUGUAUAUGUAUAUCAGAAUAAAGGAAAAUGAGGAAAAGGAAAAGUUCAGAAAGUUAUGAAUCAUUCCUUCAAGAUUGCAGCUGUUAUUUUCAGAUAACGCGUGAGAAAUGAUCACGUCUUGAACUGGAGUGCACCUAAGAAAGUGCAUGCUCUUGUGCUGCUUGCUAUAUAACGAGAUAUUAGUGCAACUUUGUGGAAAUCUUUCCGCGUGACUCAAUCUCGUAGUUAGUUCCUCUUUACUUGUCACCCAAGACGAAUAAUUACUCGUUUCUUUCCAGUAUCCCUCAUUUUUUCCAAAGCGCACGUAGCUAGGAGGCGAGGACGGAGAAAGACCAAAAGAAGAGCUGGAUCUUCGGUCCGCGUCUCCUCUUCUGACUGCGCUGUGUUGCACUUGAAGGGCUUGCCACCUCAGUGAGCCCUACGACCGCCUGCAAGUCUCUCUCUCUCUCUCUCUUCUCAUUUCCUUCUUCCCCAUGAAGGGUCUUUCUUUUUUUUGUUGCGUUUCUCCUCUGGCGCCUAUCGAUCUUCCCAUGCACUUCUUCCUUUUGUCCUCAUUAUCAUUUUAAUGUUUUCGAGCCCCGCGAGCUAGAAUCAAAACACACAGAUGGUGUUAUCAUUUCCAAUAAGAGCCCUUCUGUUCUCCGUUCUGACUGUUACCAUGGCUUCUGUGUUAUUGUCUGUUCCGCGUGACUACUUGAGAGGAAGGGAAAGAGAGAGAGAGAGAGAAAGCCAGACAGUCUAGUAACAAUACAGCCAUUUUUUGUGUUCGCCUCCUAUUCCCAUUGCUAUUGUCUCGUAUUAUAUAGUUGUCUGGUUACAAUGAUCAGUUUUGUAAUGGUUUUUACUGGUUCUUUGCAUGGUCUCUGGUUCUUUUGUGCUACCUCUUUUGUGUAAUGCAAUGGUCAAGUCAAACAAUUCUGCUUCUGAUCAGUCUUUCUUGACACUUUUUUUGUUAUUGAGAAAUUUUUGAAUGUCAUAGUUUUGUUUUAGUUCCAAAUGGAUGAUAUCGAGCUGUUCCGUGCUUUGAACGAAGCUCCAGUGGGUUCUGAGGCCAAACAACGUCUCACUGUUGAAAUGAAAAGAAUGAAAGAAGACAUGGAGCGUCUUCUCGCCACAUGGACAAUUGAGGAAAUGAAAGCAAUUUUUGUGCGUCCUGCCAGAUUUCGCUGCCGUGUUCCAUCUCUUCGUGGUGAAUCAGACAUGGAUAAGUGCAAAAGUGCCUUGACGAUCGGAGGAGUCACAUUUCUCUCGGAUAUCAUUAACCUAGGAGAUUUCGCUAUGGCCGAUCGGCUCAGACAGACUAAACUGCACAUGUUCCCACGUUUAGUCAGCCGGGACAACUUCUUUCGGCCAAGAAGACCACAGGAUGAGCAAAUCGGAACAAAGAAAAACACGAAUGAAAAUGAUGUGGAAGAUGCUGUGCAACUUUUCGAUAUUCUCAAUCUGCCAAUUGACAUGAUUGGGAAAAUCAUGGCAAGGGUUCGUAAUUCAAGCAUAAAAUUACAGAAUUGUGUAACAAACAGCGUAACAAUUUCAGACUCAUUACAAAGAUGCUCAAAACCUGGCAAUCACCUGCCGAGCAACCAACGAAAUCUACCGGACCAACAGUGUUGUCAUGCUGCUCCCGGACAUUGCCCUCAUUCUGGACUUCUCGAGCGGCGAACUCAACGUACGUUGGUGGCUCGAUAAAGAAGGAGGACAGUUCGAUUUCAACCCCGACAAGAUUCUGAUUAACAACCGUGCAAACGAAAAGAAGAAGAAUCAGCUAUUGCGAAAUACCACUUAUCUGCUGGUAGAAACAACCGACGAUUUCGAUGCAGAAGACAUUGGAGCUGUCCGCCAGUACAUUGGAAACUGCAGAUUCAAGCGAGUCGUUGUGAAAGGAUACACGUACACUGAGAAUAUGAAGAUGAUGGUGGAUAUGUUCGACGAGGAUUGCGUUGAGAUUGAAGUGAACAAUUUGACCGGCGAAAUGGUCCAUUUUCCUGAGGUUUGCUGAUUUGUGUGACCUCAAAACGAUUCUCCAAAUCAUUCAUAGUGUCAAAUUUACGAAUCCAGUGUAUUCGCUUUAUGAAUCAUGUGAAAAUGACAAUCUUCAAUUGUAAUCUACUGUAAUUUGAGCUGUUAUUUGAUAUUAUCAUUGAACCCAAGGACAUUCUAUUUUUUUAGAUUAAAACAAUAUCGGUUCGUGACAAUUUGACAAAAGAACAAAGCGAACGAAUCUUUGCCGCCAAACACUUCAUCAACAUUUCUUGUGCCAUUACAAACAUCGACACGCUUCGGAAAGCUCUGCAAGAAUGGGACAAUGAGGAGCGAACAAUCGGUCGAUGGGUAAUUCUGAAACCGUUCACAGUAUUCCAAACGCCGUUCGGAAGACGUCAUCGUAUGGAAAAUGUGAAGCAGAAAGGAUAUCUGCAGUUUGUAAGCGAGAUGAACUUGCAGCAAAUGGCGCACGGAGAGAUCACCGAAUAUGUGUUUUAUCCUGUUGAUUAA